UGUGGGAGCCUUCACGCAAUCCUCUGCUGUAGAUGCACCCACACACUUGGACUGAGUCACAGUAGCCAAGGAAUGGAGGAGGUUGUGCAGUGGGCAGCCAAUGUGAUGGACCAUGAAACGGGAAAUGAAAAGACAACUCAGGCAGAGGAGAGAGUGAGGAGGAUCUCCUCAGAGCUACACUGUGAGAUUUUGGACCUGAGUGGGGGAGAGAAUAUCACAGAGCUGUGCAAAAGGAAAAAGAAGAUCAAGAAAACAUACACACCCCGAGUGUCUGCGGAAAUCCCUGUGAUAGGGGCUAUGGAUCCUGCAGAAUUCAUGAAUGCAGCCAGUCAAGGCAAACUGAAUGUAAUAGAUAAGUACCUGGCAGAUGGUGGGAACCCAAAUGUACAUGAUGAGUUGAAGAGGACAGCACUACACCGUGCCUCUCUGGAGGGACACACCGCAGUUGUUCAGAUACUUUUGGAAAAAGGAGCCGAUAUCAACUUUAAAGAUCAACUGGGCUCCAGGGCCAUACAUUGGGCUUGCAGAGGGGGAAGCCUGGGAGUCGUCAAAGCUCUAAAGAGCCACGGGGCUGACCUGAAUGUUAGAGAUAAGUUAUACAGCACUCCUCUACAUGUGGCCACAAGAACAGGCCACUCUGCCAUCGUGGAGUAUCUAUUAUCCUGUGGUGCCAAAAUCAGCUCCAGGGACAGGGAAGGGGACACGGCCCUGCAUGAUGCUGUGCGUCUCAACAGAUACAAGAUAGUGAAGCUGCUCAUAGUUGCAGGGGCUGACACGAAAAUAAAAAAUCAUGAAGGAGUGACGGCAGUGCAGCAGGUGAAACAAUGGCAGUUAGACAUCAUGGAGACCCUGCAGAGACUGGAGAAGAUGAGGGAGGUGGGACCUGAUAGCACCUUGAGAGAGGAGUGAAUAGCGCUGUACAUCUAUUCAGUGUAUUCUU